UCGUCGGGGUCGAUUUACAUGCGUCAACCGCCUGCCCGCGAGUGAAGGACUCAUGCUUUAACCAGCGGCCAGGUCUUUGCACUCGUUAUAUCUGGCUGCUAGGGCGACAUCCCGCAGGUCAUCUCGCCUCCCCAUCGUCGAAUCGACUUCUGUGCGAUCCGAAAACCAGCCAUGUCCAAUCGCUUUUCCGUCUAUUCCAGCCAUUCAGCCGGCGUGUCGACGUCUCGGCCAGGUGCCCAGUCACCCGGUCCGGUGUCCACGACAAGCCUGCUGAAUGCGCUGCACUCAUACUACAACACCGCCCAUCCCUACCAAUUGGAUGCGUCGACGAGUUUGGUGGUCAACACCUGGGUCACGGCUACGCGGGCAUCCAAUGGCCAGGAGGGGGGCAUCGUAGACCGAGACCUAGCUGUCAGAGCGUGGGAGCACGCGCGAAGAAGAGCUGAGGAUGGAUGUAUUGUCCUGUGCUCGACGCAUCAAUCGACUCCCUCAAUUCUCGAACCCUUCCUCGCAGCGCUACCGCUGGCCACCCCGAAUAUCACUCAUACCGCAUUUACUGCCAUCCGACCCUUUCUGUCUGCUGUAACAUCCUUCAACCCCUCAUACUCGCUUUAUUCGGCACUCUCCGCUCGCUACUCCUUCAACUUGAAAGGCGAUAUCGUCGGGCUCUCCCUGGCACUGUCAACGUCGGGAAUCAAUGUACGCAAGGGCCUGCUUGACGUGCCAUCCGAGCCGGGCUAUCGUGCCUUCGAUGUAUUCUACUACCUCCUGUCUUCCGUGUCAACCCCGGCCGAACGGGAGUUUCUCAACUUGCAAGACGCUUCGACAUAUUCCUUGUUGAACAAGUCGGGCACAUACACGCCGCCAUCAUUCCUCCCAACAGCCGACGAUGCCGCAGCCGCAGAAGACUUCCGAAACGCACUCAAGUCAAUCGGCAUCAAGGGAGCUUCUCAGCGUGGCCUGCUGGCUACUUUGGCCGGGCUGCUCAAGCUUGGAAACGCGACCGGGUUUUUGGUCGAUCAGGAAGACCUCGAGGAGGCAUGCGACGAAGUCGGCGGCCUUCUUGGGUUGGACCCGGAGGUUCUGCUCCAUCGGUGCUCUACGGACGAUCGAGAGGUGUUGAUCUCGGGAAUCUACGAGGCAUUGGUCGACUGGGUGAUCGGCAAAGCCAAUGAAGCCAUCUCCAGCGAGCUCCAAGCAAUUCUUGACCACGACCCAAGUAUGAGUGGCGGCUCUGGUCCUGGAGGUCAGUGGACUGACGACGACACGGUCAGCAUCACCGUGGUCGACAUUCCUCGACCUGCUCUGGGCAAGGCCGUGGCGGUAAGGGAAGUCUUCGACGACAGUGCUGGUAUCAACGCUGAAAUGAAAGAGGACGGCAUCCCCGUCUCUGCCCCCGCACAUGCUGUUAUGACCGAGGUAAGCUCGGCUGUAUCACAGGUCGAAGCUGAUCUAGGGAUUACCACCGGCAAGGCCUGGCACGAACGGGAGUACGAACUUGGAAAGCGGCAGGAGGUGCUGGAGAAGGUCGGCUUAGAGGUCGAUAUGGACUCAUUCCUCCGCAAGAUCUUGUUCCCUGUCGAGACUGAAGGCAUUACUCUCGGCAAGCUCGGCCGGUUUGACCUCCCGACCACCCUGGGUAGCAGCCGCAUCUGGCACCAUCUUUCUAUCCAUCCCACCGAUGACCUGCCCGAGACUCUCAACGUUCACACGCCCACCGCUGCUUGGUCUGCGGGCGCAGUGUCCCGGCAAUUGCGGGAGUGGAGACUCGCUGAAUGGGCCAACCGGCGUCUGAAGCAGCUCGACUUCACUGCGGACUUUGACGUCGAUGAGUUCAUUAGCCGUUAUUGCCGCCUUGGCUGCCACGAGGGUCGGGAAGGGGUAGAGAGUUGGCUGAUGGAAAGGGGUUGGACCAACGGAGAUGCCUUUGUGGGCCACCAGCGGAUCUGGAUGAGAGAGAACGCGUGGUGGGAAGCCGAGACGAUGCUUGACCUCAAACCGGAGGAACCUCCCAUGGCCAACCCCUUCCUCUACGGGAAUAGCAUGCUCGAUGCUAGCCUGCCGCAUUAUGCGGGCACUCCUAUGGCCGAAUCCACCAGUCUCUUGGGGAGUCGAGACAACCUCUUGCAGCGGCAAAACACGCUAGUCCAGAGUGUCCACGGCGGUGCCAAGUCAGUCGCCCCCAGUAUCCCCAACACGCUAAAUAUGGGCGGUGGUGACUAUGGUCUGGGUGGCAAGGGCGAUACCAAGAAAUGGGAUACUCCCGAAGAUGACUAUGCUAACUACAACGGUGGUGAAAUUGACCCGGAAAUCGGGGACCCCAAACACAUUGAAAAGAAGGAAAUCACCCCGGCCCGGCGCGCCUGGGCCGGCACCGUCUGGGCAUUGACCUUCUGGAUACCAUCUUUUUUACUGCGCUGGGUUGGCCAGAUGAAGCGUCCGGACAUCCGGAUGGCGUGGCGAGAAAAGCUGGUUCUUUUCUUUUUCAUCUGUCUUUUCAACGGAAUCGUCUGCUUUUACAUCAUCGCGUUCGGUGACCUCCUUUGCCCGAACAAGGACAAGGUUUGGAACAAGGAGCAAGUCAGUUGGCAUACAGGCAACAACGACUUCUACGUGAGUAUACACGGCAACGUCUAUGAUAUCAGUAAAUUCUGGAGACUCCAGCACAGUGACUCGUCGAUUGAGACGACCACGUCCAACAUGGAGCCGUUUGCUGGAGAGAUUCUCGAUGCGUACUUCCCUCCUCCAUUGACCGUUUUCUGCGCGCCAUACGUCACGGAGUCGUCGGUCACCCUGGAGUACAACAACACGAAUGCCCUCCUGUAUCCCAAUGCGGAGCACGACUGCGGUCCUUAUCAUACACCUUCGACGACUACCAAACUGCACAACAUCACUUGGUACGCGGAUAUCUAUCUGCCGAGUAUCAAGCAAUACUACAAAGGAAACCUUGUGUGGACGAGGAAAACUGUCAAGAAGCAAGCCGAGGAGAGUUCGCGCUACUGGGUUAUCGUCCACGAGAAGAUCUACGACCUCACGGAUUAUUUCUACACCGCUGACUUGUUUGACGACGAUAGCACUUAUGCGUUUUUGCCGUCCGCCGUGACCGACCUUUUCAAGGACUAUGCCGGUGAGGAUGUGACUGAUAAGUGGAAGAACACGACGGAUUUCCAGGAGUCCCAGAUGUGUCUCGACUACGUCUUCUACAAAGGAAAGGUCGAUUUCCGAGAGAGUCCCCGGUGCACGGUCAACAACUGGAUCCUUCUGGCCUUUACCGUCUUGAUCUGCGCUGUCAUUGUUGUGAAGUUCCUGGGUGCUCUUCAAUUUGGAUCCAAACGCCGUCCUUCACCUCAGGACAAAUUUGUCAUCUGUCUCGUGCCAGCGUACACAGAAGGAGAGGACGCGCUGCGCCAAGGUCUCGACUCGCUCACAUCGCUUGAAUACGACAACAAGCGGAAGCUGAUUUUUGUCAUUUGUGACGGUAUGAUUGUGGGUGGCGGCAACGAUCGACCAACGCCCAAGAUUGUCCUGGAUAUCCUGGGAGUGGACCCCAAGAUCGACCCCCCUGCCUUGCCGUGCUACGCCAUCGGACAGGGCAGCGAGCAACUCAACUACGGAAAGGUGUACUCGGGUCUCUACGAAUUUGAGGGCAAUGUCGUUCCAUACAUUGUCGUGGUCAAGAUCGGAAAGGAGUCGGAACAGAGUAAGCCCAAGCCUGGCAAUCGCGGCAAACGUGACACGCAGAUUCUUCUCAUGAGAUUCCUCAACCGCGUUCACCAUCGCUCGCCAAUGUCGCCGCUUGAAUUGGAGAUUUUCCACCAGAUCAACAACGUCAUCGGUGUGGACCCCGAGCUUUACGAAUACUGCCUGAUGGUGGAUGCGGAUACCAGUGUUCGCGAAGACUCGCUCAACCGUCUGGUUGCGGCCUGUGCUAAUGACGCCCGGGUUGCCGGUAUCUGCGGUGAGACCAGUCUCCAGAACGAGGAACGUAGUUGGUGGACGAUGAUCCAGGUUUACGAGUACUACAUUUCCCACCAUCUGGCCAAGGCAUUCGAGUCUCUUUUUGGCAGUGUCACCUGUCUUCCUGGAUGUUUCUGCAUGUAUCGUCUCCGGACUGCCGACAAGGGCAAACCACUGAUUAUUUCGGACGCGGUCAUCGCUGAGUAUGCCGACAACGAUGUGGACACGCUUCAUAAGAAGAACCUGCUUGCUUUGGGUGAGGAUCGUUUCUUGACGACCCUAAUGACCAAGCACUUCCCUCACAUGUCGUACAAGUUCAUCCCCGACGCCUUUGCCAGCACUGCUGCGCCGGAGACGUGGUCGGUACUUCUCUCGCAGCGUCGUCGUUGGAUUAACUCGACGAUUCACAACCUGGUAGAAGUGGCGGCCCUGAAGGACAUGUGUGGGUUCUGCCUGUUUGGCAUGCGCUUCGUCGUGCUGGUGGAUCUCUUGGGAACGAUCAUCCUCCCGGCCACGUGUGUCUAUCUGGGCUACCUGAUCUAUCGCGUUGCCAGUGGCACCGGGCCCUUCCCCAUGAUUUCCAUUGUCAUGUUGGCGGGUGUGUAUGGUCUCCAGGCGAUUAUCUUCCUUCUCAAACGGCAGUGGCAGCACAUCGGAUGGAUGGUCAUCUAUCUCUGUGCCUAUCCGGUGUACAACUUUAUCCUGCCGCUGUAUUCCUUCUGGAAGCAAGACGACUUCAGUUGGGGUAGCACGCGUAUCGUCAUCGGAGAGAAGGGCAACAAGCGGGUGGUGGCCGUGGACGAUGAGGGCUACGACCCGCGCAGCGUCCCGAUGCAGCGUUGGGAUGACUACGCGCUAGCCAACAACCUCCCCGGUCGGCGCGGCGAUUUCGGCAUGAGCACGGAGAAGCUGUACCAGGCGCGGUAUGAGAACGAGAUGGCUAUGGAGAUGGACGACAUGCACUCGAACUACUCGUCGGUGAAGCCGGCGUCGACGAUCCUAACGGGCUUCCCUCACCACCAAGGCCGCAACAGCAGUCCGUACAUGCCGCCGCAAUCCCCGGCACCCUUCGGAGGGAACGUGCCGGGCAACCGCAACUCGCACCUGUCGAGCUUCACGCGGUACACGGACCAGCCGCUGCACGGCCACUCGACGUCGCGGCACAUGUCUCUGGGCAACCUCAGCCAGUUCAGCGGCAUGCCGACGAACCGACACAGCGUGGGUCUGAUGCAGAGCACGGACAACCUUCUGGGCAACCGGCCCAACUCGCGCAGCCCGGUGGGCGGCGUGCACUCGCGGCCGGUCAGCGCGUUCGACUUCCGCGGCAGCAACGGGCCCGGCGGGCCGGACGAGGGGUCCAUCACGGAAGCGAUCCGGGGGUGUUUGGCGGAGGUGGAUCUGGACACGGUGACGAAGAAGCAAGUGCGCGCCCUCGUGGAGCAGCGGCUGCAGACGACGUUGAUGGGCGAUAAGCGGGCCUUCCUGGACCGGCAGAUCGACCACGAGCUGGCCAGCAUGUAGGGCGGGUGGAAUUGAUUCUUGUGAUUUGUGAUCUAGCUGGGUCUCUCUCCCAUGCCAUACAUAGUAUUGCCACAUAUUUGUUUCGGGGGCAUGCAGGGCGUUUAGGGCAUUCAGCGAUUUGUGAAUGUAUGUAAUGAUGUGAUACAUGUACUGUUUAAUAGAUCGGAUCAUUACUAGGUAGUUAGUGGUAUGGGUAACUAUAUCUGCUGAGUAUAGAGGUGGUAGAGGUAGAUUGUGAAUGCGAUUGUGAAUGAGAUUGUG